GCAACAUUCCCACCGUUGCCCGCGGCCGUUGCCCGGUGGUGGUUUGGGGUUUCUCAUGGAUCCCAUCCAGGCAUGGAAGCUCCAGCAAGCUCGUUUGGGCAACAAGGAGAAAACGUUAGAAGAGCUUCGGGUGUCUCAACCUCGAUGGACCGUUGCCUUCGACAUGUCCGACGAGGAUCAAGACAGUUUCAUCAACUUGGAUGAGUGCGGCAAAGCUUUUAAGAGGAUUCUUGGCUCGGGCUCUGAAAUGCCCCACUACCGCUUGAAGGAGAUCUUCGAUGAGCUGGAUGUCUUAGGGAAGCAGAAGUUGGAUUUCCGACAGUUUCACAAAUUGGCGGCCGAGCUGUCGCAGUAUAUGGCGGACAACCCAAAGUGGGCCAAAGAAGAGGAAGAAAAGGAAGAGAAGGAAGAAAAGGCGAAGCUGCAAAAACGUCGCGAGCGACAGAAGAGCGAUGCCUCCGACGUCUUCGCUAUCUUGGGCAUUGCCAAGUCAAAGGACAUCCAAGAGCAGGAACAGAAGAAGAACGAGGCCGUCAACCGAGCAGCUGCCGCGAAAGAGAUGCUGAAGGCGGCGGGGCAGCAAGUCAUCGAGCCUUCGCGGCACACGGGGCGGCGUGCCACGGACUUCGGAGUGAUGGGGCGCAAGGAGAAUCCACCAGAGCCAGUGUCACCAUCAGCCAAACUCACCUGUUUGACGGUGAACCGCAAGAAGUCCGAGAAGAAGCGCCGUGCCACGUUGGAUCCCUCCGCGGACCUCCCGAAGUUGCACUUUGCGGGCUAUGGACAGGCAUGCUUUGCCUUGCGUUUCUCGCCGGAUGAUCUUCAACUGGCAGGAGCUUACCUCGAUGGUGGACUCCGAGUCUUUGAUGUGGGCAAGGCGCAACACCAACAUACGCUGAACUUGUCUCCUCGCAACGCCAUCAGGGACGAUGAGGACAUGGAGGCCGCCGCUGAAAAGGCCGCCAUGGAACGUGGCAAACGCCUGACCAAACGAGGCACAGCCAUGCUGAAUCUUCGUUGGUUGCCUGCAGGACGGCAAACCAAUAUCAUCACCACUGUAGACACCGCAGGCACCGUGGGCUUCUGGGAAGUGUCGCGCGGUGGCAGCGUGAAGAUCUUGGCAGAGAUGCCUGGCGACUCCGAGGUGGACGCCUUGACCUUCAGCGAAGGGGGCGACAAGUUGGCGCUAGGGGGGCAGGAGAAGGUGGUGAAGAUUUACGACGUCGGGCAGAUCAAAAGCAGCAAGGGGCGAGACAUGUCUCCGGACUUGGUGCUUGGCAACAGCGCGGCAACCCGAGGUGAAAAGCCCGGGAUGCACAGUCUCAAGAUCAUGUCCCUCCGAUCAGUCCCUAUGCAGCCAAACAUCUACCUCUCAGGGAGCAUGGACAGGAGCGUCCUCAUUUGGGACACGCGCAACGGUCCAAAGCCUGUGGGUUGGCUCAGUGGCGUCGACAUCUCGGGAGAUUCCAUGGACGUCUCCAGAGACGGGCACACGCUGCUGGUGGGCAGCCAUCGAAGUUUGAACCCCUUGCAACUCUUCGACUUGCGGAUGAUCAAAGCAGCUGAUGAAGAAUCGAAACAGGCGGGUCUGUCUGGACAAGCCUUCCAGUCCUAUCAAUGGUCGGGUGAAGACAACUCUGAGGUGCAGAGCAACCCCUCGUGUAUGGUCUUCCAAGCUGCGUGGGACAGUUUCGAUAGCACCACCAUUUGCGCAGCUGGAGAGAAGAACAACCAGGCGCGUAUCUUUGAACGUCCCAAAGCAGGAGGGCCUUUGAGGAUCAUCAGCUCGGUGGAAGGGGCGGACCGCGCCUUCUACUCCUGCACCAUGAGUUCGGAUGCCAGGAGCGCCGCCUUUGGCAGUUCGGAUGGCUCUGUGAUCAUCUCUCAUGUGCGUAUCAUGUAGGCGCGCCCGGGUCGACCCUCGACGCAAAACCGCGCCGUACGUACGGAGCCAGUUUCACACUGAGUCGCUGAGUAGAAGGAACAAAUCACAAUGACUUACAUCUUG